GAGGCAAGCGCGCGGUGCACGCCGGGAACGCCGACGCCCAAGAUGGCGGCAGGAUUGAAAAGUUGUUGCCGCGGCGGUGGCGGCGCCUUUUGGUCCGCUUGAGGCUCCUGCUUUUCCAAUGGCGGCGAUGGCGGCGCAGUGAAGGGAGCGGGCGACCCGGGCGGGGAGAUGCCUCCGGGCCCCGCCUGAGACAUGGAGGAGGAAGGGAAGAGGGGCAAAAAGCCUGGGAUCGUGUCCCCUUUCAAGCGCGUCUUCCUGAAAGGCGAGAAGGGUCGAGAUAAGAAGGCCCAGGAGAAGGUGACGGAGCGGCGGCCCCUGCACACCGUCUCGCUCUCCUUGCCUGACCGAGUUGAGCCAGACGUCCUCUUGAACGACUACAUAGAGAAGGAAGUGAAGUAUUUAGGUCAAUUAACAUCUGUCCCAGGGUACCUGAACCCCUCCAGCCGUACUGAAAUACUGCAUUUAAUAGACAAUGCAAAGAGGGCGCAUCAGCUUCCGGGGCAGCUGACCCAAGAACAUGACGCUGUGAUCAGCCUCUCGGCCUACAACAUCAAGCUGGUGUGGCGAGAUGGUGAAGAUAUCAUCCUCAGGGUUCCCAUCCAUGACAUCGCGUCCGUCUCCUACAUCCGCGACGACUCCUCGCACUUGGUGGUGUUGAAAACAGCUCAGGAGCCCGGGAUUUCCCCCAGCCAGAGUCUUUGUGCUGAAAGCUCGAAAGCUCUUGCAUCCGGGUCGCUCUCGGAGAGCGGAGUGGUGCCUGUUGAAGCUUGUUCCCUGGUGGUCCUGGCUACAGAGAAUAAAGUAACCGCAGAGGAGCUCUGCUCGCUUCUUAGCCAAGUCUUCCAUAUUGUUUACACGGAGUCCACAAUAGACUUCCUAGACAGAGCAAUAUUUGAUGGGGCUUCCACACCAACGCGACAUCUAUCCCUGCACAGUGAUGAUUCUUCUACAAAAGUGGACGUUAAAGAUUCCUAUGAAACUGAAGCAAGCACUUUUUCUUUCCCCAGGUCCUUGGAGACUGGUGGCAACUCCCCUUCUUCCUUCUCGGCACAGCCAUCUCCCCACACCAAGACGGUUAGUGAAAGUGAGCUGAGCACCACCGCAGCGGAACUGCUCCAGGACUACAUGAUGACGUUAAGAACAAAACUCUCUUCUCACGAGAUCCAGCAGUUUGCAAUGCUUUUGCAUGAAUAUCGUAACGGGGCAUCCAUCCAUGAGUUCUGUGUCAACCUGCGACAGCUCUAUGGGGACAGCAGAAAGUUCCUCCUCCUGGGCCUUAGACCAUUCAUCCCCGAGAAGGACAGCCAAUACUUUGAGAACUUCCUAGAGACGAUUGGUGUGAAGGAUGGGCGGGGCAUCAUUACUGACAGCUUUGGGAGGUACAGGCGGACGGUCAGCACCACCUCCAACUCCACGACCAAUGGCAACGGAGCUGCGGGGAGCUCGGACGACCAAUCCGUGCCCUCGGAAGGAGACGAGUGGGACCGGAUGAUCUCGGACAUCAGCAACGACAUUGAAGCUCUUGGGUGCAGCAUGGACCAUGAUUCUUCGUGAAGGGGGUGGCGCAGAGAGAGGGAGAGGAGGCAGCUGUCCCCUUGCAGGCCCUACCGCUCACUCAUAUUCUCUUUUUCCUCUCUCCAUUCCCCCCCACCCGUGGGGUAACAGCAACAUUUUUGUCCUGGGUGAAGCUGACAGGGUCAAUUCCCCGAAGGCCCUGUUUCCCUCCCUUCUUCUGUGACUCUUUGGGACCCACCUUGCGCUGGUGGCCAGAGGUCUCUUCUGUGAAGGAGCGAGAGCGAGCAGGCCAUCAAAGAUGGGCUGGGUUGGAAGAGAGCUGGGCAGGAUUGGCCCUUGCAGGGCACGGUGUCUUUCUGUUUUUGUUGCCAGGGGCUGAAUUGUCGGAGAAGCCAUGACUCCAAAGAAAAGGAGCCUGGGGUUUGCCGAGGAUGGCUGACCCGUGAGGACUCUACAAGCCGGUUUACGGUUUUUGCACAUGACAUUUCUAACCCUUUGUGUGUGUGGUUUUUUUAAUGAAGUUUAUCACAAUGUGAAUAACUUAAUAUUCCAGGUGUUUUGUCAAAACAUUUCUGAUCCAAACCAGAAGGUGGCCUUGGUUGUGAAGCUGAGCCCUUUGCCCCUGUUGUGGCAAAGGCCUCGGUGGGAGAUGAUCUUCCCUUCCCCAAGCCUGGCCAGCUGACCUGUUUUCCUUCUCCUUAGAAGCCAGGAUGGUGGGAUAGGGGCCAGGUGACCUCCUUGGCUGGCCACAUCAUAGCAGCCUGGUUGAAAUGCGGUUACCUCGGCUUCACUGCUUGGCACUGGGUACUGUUGGGUGAACUCAACUUGACAUGACAACUCCCGUUGAGAAGCACCGGCAAGUCUUCUGCACAAUGACCCAGCUUACCUCGAGCAAAGCCAUCUGUUAGUUAGGCUGUCCACUUUCCCAUCCUGGCCCAGUGCCCGACAGCUCCCAAGCACAGCUAGCAGGUGUUGGCAUUUCCUUAUCCCAGAUGAAGGGCACAGAUGCUUUUCCUUCUUCCCCCACCCCCAUGUGGUGUCUGGCUUCCUGCAGAAUUUGGUGCUACCGUUUCUAUCUGGGACAUGCUGCAUCUGGGCCUGUAGGUUGCCUAGGGAACCGUCCCGCUGGGAUGGCGCUGGGCGGUCUUGUCUUGGCAAAGAAUAGCUUGUGGGAUCUCUUAUGGCGGCCUUGGACCUCUGAGCUGGUCAUGGGGUGUCCAAGGCCAGUCUGCAAGCAGCUUCUUCCAUUGUUGAGGCGACAGUAUCUUGGGCAUUCAGGGUCCACGCAACCUUCUUGUAUGGAUUGAAUCCAGUUGUUCUUCAGACACGAGAAUUGGCAGCCAGCUAAAGUGUGGACAGGCUCCUUGAUUUUGGAUUGUUGUUUUUUUUAAAAAAGAAACGAGGAGUGGAAGAAAUAUAUACAUAAUGUAUAUGUGUUGUAUAUAUUAUACAUAUAAAUGCACAGUUAUUUUUGUAUAUGAAUUUCAUGUCACACAAGACCUCUGCUGGCUACUAUAAACUGACCUGUAUACUAUUUUA